UAUUAACAAUGUCUUGAUUGUCAUCUGAUUAUGCCGGAUGGACCCAAGGUACAGUGCCCAGGAGAUUCUCCUCUGUGACCUUUGUCAGAGUGCAGUAGUACAGAGUCAUUGUGAACUUUGUCAUUUGAACCUCUGUAUAGUCUGUGUUGGAAAACAUCUCUCUGAUUCAUCUAAAAGACACAAUGUUGUACCAUACAGACACAGAACUUUUGCUCCUAGUUACCCAAAAUGUCCAAACCAUACCCGGAAACACUGUGAACUUUACUGUGAGAAAUGUGACAUUCCUGUCUGUUCCACCUGCAUCUCCUCUGGUAAACAUCACGGGCAUAAAAUAACAGAUAUUCUACUGAAACUCUGCUCCAAAAAGAAGGAUUUAAAGUUGGAUUUGAAUGAACUAGAAGAAAGAAUAUACCCCACUUAUGAAGAAAUGGCAUCUGAUAUAAAGUCUAAAAAAGCUUAUUUAGAAAAACAUUACGAGAAACUUGCAAUAGCUGUCUCCAAAGAGGGAGAGAACUGGAACAGAGAUAUUAACAUCAUAGUAAACAAACGAAAGUCUGAAAUCGAGGAGAUGAAAACCAAACACCUGGCUGCUCUAAGUAAACAAGAGAAUGAAAUAAAACAGAUUACAUUUGAUGUAAAACAGAGUAUUCUUGAUUUAAAGAAAAUUCUGGACUCCAGUGAUGUCUCCCAAACCUCUGUGUACAAAUCCAGGAAUGUUGAAUUCAGAAAAUUACCUCCUAAAGUCAAUGUUUUGUUACCAAGUUUCUCUUCUCAUCAGAUCAACACAGAAGAACUCAAUCAAAUGUUUGGUUCUCUGUCAGUAUUAUCCAUUACAACAGAAGAACAGGGUAACACAGUGGAGUCACCAUGUCCUCCAGUCAAACCCCUGCUUGAUGAACCAUUGCUCAUCACCACCACAAAUACUUGGUAUCGACAACUUUACAGUAUUACCUGCCUCAAUGAUGAAGAAAUCUGGACAUGUGGAGAAGACAAUAUCAUAAAGCUCUACAACCUUCGGGGCAAACUACUGAAGUCAGUCCAAACCAUGUCAGGGAACUAUCCGCGGGAUAUAGCAGUGACAAGGAGCGGAGAACUAGUGUAUACUGACCGCGAUACAAGAACUGUAAACAUAGUGAAGAAUGAAUGGAUACAAGAAGUGAUCAGACUACGGGGGUGGAAACCUUAUAGGCUGUGUAGUACCUCCUCUGGUGACCUACUGGUUUCCAUGCUCAGUGAUAUUGGAGAAUCAAAAGUUGUCCGUUACUCUGGAUCCACAGAGAAACAAACCAUUCAGUAUGAUAGUAAAGGUCAACGUCUGUAUUCAACUGGCUGCCUCAGUAAAUACAUCAGCGAGAACAGAAACAUGGAUAUCUGUGUCGCUGACAAUACAGCCCGUGCAGUAGUGGUCGUUAAUCAGGCAGGAAAACUCAGAUUUAGAUACACUGGCCAUUCCUCAACUACUAAGAAAAUAUUUGAUCCAUGUGACAUCACAACAGACAGUCAGGGUCAGAUCCUGACAUCAGACUUCGACAACCACUGUAUUCACAUCAUAGAUCAGGACGGACAGUUCAUCCGUUACAUUUAUCAAUGUAAUCUACUCUUUCCCUGGGGUUUAUGUGUCGAUACCAAAGACAACCUUCUAGUGACUGAAUUCUCCAGUGGUAAAGUGAAGAAAAUAAAGUACAUGUAAAUACUUCUUUGAUGCUUCUGUGAAUGAGAUAUAUUUGAGACUUCAGAGACUAAGAUAUAUACAUCAGAGACUGAGAUAAUAUACAUCAGAGACUUAAAAAUUAUAUGUUAGGGACUGAGAUAAUAUACAAAUUUUGUUUCGUAGAAUGUAGAGAUGUGUUAAAUUUUAUCAGUGGCCAAAUUUUGUUAUUUGUCCUAAUUGUGGUGGCCUGAGAGAUACACCCCUGCAAACUUUAGUUAUAAAGUUGACCAAAACAGA